CCACCGUCGAGGCCGGCGGCCGAAUCGUGAAACACGCGGCCGGCGCACGAGUCGCGUCGAGCGCCGCAGUCGCGCGCUUGCACUCUCAGCGGUGAAGCGGAGUCUUCUAACGUGCGUAACACACAACACCACACGGAACGCCGGACACGUCUCUCUCUCAUCAGUGGUACAUAUACAUAUAUAUAUAUGUAUAUAUAUAUAUCGUACACCAUAAUACAUAUAUAUGUCAUAUAUAUUAGCGAAGGAGUAUAUAAGAAAGUACGUUAAAUCGUAGAUAUAUAUAUAUAUAUAUAUAUAUAUAUAUAUAUAUCUGCGUAGAAACGUACGUGUGCAUAGAAGACGCUACUGGUAAACAAACACACGAUACACACACACACAUCCACACUCGAUAUAUAUUAUUUCAAGAAAGAUAUAUAUAUAUAUAUAUAUACAUUUCCGUGAAGUUUUUCAACGGUCGUCGUCGUACGCACUCGGGAAUUCGAAAGGAAAGAAAAGGAAAGAAAACAGAAAAAAGAAAGAAAGAAGAGGCGUUAGUUAUCUUUGGAGAUUCCCUCCUUCAGAAUCGUCCCCGUGAGAGACUCGGAUCGUGUGCGCGUGCUGUCCCUCUCUUUCUCGUCGUCGUCGUCGUCGUCGUGAUCAUCGUCUUCGUCGUCGUCGUCGUCGUUGGAAUAACGAGAAGCCGACGAGAGAGAGAAAAAGAGAGAGAAAACCUCUCCCGCGGUGUCGUGUCGUGUCGUGUCGUGUCGUGUCGUGUCGUCCGUCGUUCUCGUCGUGUCGUGUCGUGUCGUUUCGUUGGCGCGCGCGCGCGCGCGCCCUUACGAGAGAAAGAGAGAGAUAGCGGCACGGCCGGUGUGACAAGGACAAGUACACAACGUUGUUAGAGGGAGAGAGAGAGAAGAGAAGAGAAAAGGAGGCUGAGAGAGAAAAAGAAAGAAAGAAAGAAAGAAAGAAAGAGAGAAAAAGAUAGAAAGACCGUGGAAUCGGCCGCGUUUUCAUCGAAGAAGUCUCUCGAGAAAACGAACGUGAGAAAUUACGUUUGAUGAAGAGAGAGAGAGAGAGAGAGAGAGGGAAAUAGAAAAAGGAAGGAAAUAAAGAAAGAGAGACAGAGAGAGAUAGAGAUAGAGAGAACGACGAAUAGUCGCGUAGUAUCUUCUCGUAUAUAAAUAAAUAAAUAAAUAAAUAAAUAAAUACGUAGUAAUAUUUUUCAAAGACGUCCCGGCCCGCGUCUUUUCUCCUCUUCUCUCUUAUAUAUAGAGAUUUAUAGAUAUUGUCUUGUUGAUAGUGCGAAUUAAAGGAAAUAAUAGAAAAUCCGGGAAACAGGAAUAGCUUAGAGGAAGAAGAGCAUAGGAUAAUAAUAAUAAUAAUAAUAAUAAUAAUAAUAGUAGUAGUAAUAGUAGUAGUAAUAAUAUUAAUAUAUAAUAGUAUCAAUAAUAAAUAGUGUCGUGCUUACACGUGUUUUGUACAGUGUUCAAGUGUUAACCAAUCGGCGCAGGAAGCGAAAGGAGAAACGCGACACACGAGAAGACGACAGACGAUCAUCGUCGUCGUCGUUGUCGUUGUCGUUGUCGUCGUAAUCGUCGUCGUAGUAAUCGUCGUGUUGUCGUCGUGUCGUCGUCGUCGUCUUAUUUCUUUGAUAUUAAAGAAGGAAAAUAAAAAGAAACAUCAACAACAAAAAACAAGGGACAGUGCAUUCGUGGACAAGAGUGGGGACUGCUCGAGAUUUCAUCCUGGAUACGUCGUUAUAUGCUGGUGAAGGAAGUUGAGGAGUAUAAAGAGGAGGAGGAGGAGGAGGAGGAGGAAGAGGAGGAAGAGGAAGAGGAGGACGGCGUCGUCGUCGUCGUUGUCGUCGUCGUCGUCGUCGGCUCGACGGCCCAGGGCAAUGUGGGUUGUAAGUGGGGAAACUCGAGGAGGUGAUAACGACUUCUGACCUUCCGUGAGAAAGGAGACCCACCCCCGUAACGUUUCACGCGUUAGAGUGGGCCCAGUAACGCACCAAACACACCGCUACCAUCACCGCUACAACGCUAUCACCACGUUCAACAUAUAUCACGAUACAUGAUUACAAAGAAAGAGAAAGAGAGAGUGAAAGAGAAAGAGAAAGAGAGAGAAAGAGAAAGAGAGGAACGGAAUAUAGGAAAAGAUUAGAUCCGUGUGAAAAUUAAACGAAUCGAGUGUUGUAAUAGAGGGAGAGAGAGAGAGAGAGAGAGAGAGAGAACGCGCGUGUGUGUGUUUGUUAAAUAGAAAGUGAAAGAGAGAGAGAGAGAAUAUCUUCAAUGAUCCAUCUUUCCGACAUCAGCACGCUUUCAACGUGAUAAAUCUCUCUCUAUACUUCUUGAAGGAAUAAGACAAGACAAACAUAUAUAUCUAUAUAUAUAUAUAUAUAUAGGUAGAUAUAUAUAUAUAUAGAUAUAUAUAUAUAUAUACAAACAAACAAACAAACAAAAAAUAAUACAAAAAAGAAAAGAAACAUUUAAACUUCUACCUUGAGAGAUAUACCUCGUACGUACAAGUACCUUCAAACUUAAUCUUUCGCAGCGCAAUAGUGCCUAGGCCCCUCGAGAAAAGAAAUAAAAUAAAAUAAAGUAAAAUAAAAUAAAGUAAAAUAAAGUAAAGUAAAGUAAAGUAAAGUAAAGUAAAGUAAAGUAAAAUAAAAUAAAACAAAGUAAAGUGAAGUGAAAAAAAGAGGAGAGCUGGAGCAGGAGAAUUUGAGAAUCGAUUGUUGCAAGUUAUAAUCUUAUAAUCUUUGUGAAAAAAAAAGGAAGAAAAGAAAGAAAGCAAGAAAGAGGAAGAGAAACAAAGACAGAUAGAGAGAGAAAGAGAGAAAGAGAUAGAAAAUAAGACAGAGUCGUAAACCGCUUGUUUGUACGAGUUAAAAAGCGAAGCCAUAUAUAUGUAUGUGUUUAUAUAUAUAUGUAUAUAUAUUAUGACAUAUUAAUAUAUAUACAUAUAUAUAUACAUGUAUGUGUAUAUAUAUAUAUACGUGUAUGUAAAUAUAUAAAAAGGCACUCUGUGUUUAUCGGUCGUAUUUUGUGCAAAUAAAAAAGAAAAAGGAAAUUAAAGGCAAUUACAAAGUGUCGAGGAGGAAUAGGAAUAAAUAACGUGUUACAUCUGAACAUCCUCCACGUUAAAACCUUAUACACACAAACACACAUGUGCGCCGAAUAAAAAACAAAUAUAUAUAUAUAUAUAUUAUAUAUAUAUAGGUAUAUAUAAAUAUAUAUAAUAUAUAGCCUGAUACAACCUCACCUCACGCCGCAACACCCUCGAUUCUAUUACGAACCAGGACAGCGAAGUACCUGCAGACAGAUAUAUUUAUAAUAAUAAUAAUUUAUAAUUAUUAUAUAUUAAUUAAAUAAUAAUAAUAAUAAUAAUAAUAAUAAUAAUAAUAAUAAUAAUAAUAGUAAUAACAAUAUUAUUAUUAUAUAUAUAUAUAAAAUAAUAACAACAUUAAAUAUUACUAUUCGAUAUUGGAUUAAGAAGGAGAAGCAAAGAGAAUAUUAAUAAUAAUAAUAAUAAUUAAUUAAUUAAUAUCAGUAAUAACAAUAACAAUAUAAGAAUUAUAAUAACGAUAGUAAUAAUAAUAAUAAUAAUAAUAAUAAUAAUAAAAAUAAUUAUAAUUGUAAUAAAAAAAUAAUAAGAGAUAAUAAAUAGGAUUUGAGGAGUUGAAAGAGUGUAAGAGGAGAAGGAGGAGGAAGAGGAGGAGGGGGGUGUGAAAGGGUGGAAAAGAAAAAUAACGAGAGGAAAAUAUAAAGAUAGAAAAAGAAGAAGAAAAAAAAGAAGAAAAAGAAGAAGACAAAAGGAUUCGUACAACACAGUGUGAACGCUUAUAUUACUAUAUAUAUAUAUAUAUACACAUCAUACGUACAUAUAUAUAUAUAUAUACAUACACACAUAUACACGUGCUAUUAUCGAUAUAAUCUACUUCACGAUACUUUAUUCGAGCAGUGUGUCGGGAACUUCUUCAACGUUAUACGAUUAAGAUACCUCAAGCCAUCGAACGGGCGACAAUUGCUAUAGCGAACUUUGAUGAGAGGGAUUAUCGAUGCGCUCGCGAGCACGCGAAAUUCUAACCCUUCCGCAUGAGGAGGAGGCUACGGAGGGAAUCGGCGGUGGUGGAAGAGAAUCGUUUCGUGAUCGAUCGUCGAUCGCGAUAAUACAAUCGUCUGCGUUCUUAUUUAAACGCUCGAGGACGUAGCCGCGCGUUUUAAUGCAACAAUAAUAACUUUCAACGAUAAUAGAAGAAAACAAUAUCUGGAUAGAAUUAAAGAAGAAGAAGAAGAAGAAGAAGAAGGAGGAGGAGGAGCAAAUAAGUAUCGUUAGAGAUCCUCAAAAAAGUUCUAAAAAGAAAGAGAGAGCGAGCAUCGACACUCGGAUCGAUACGAAACUUGGUGGUCUCGUCGGGUGUGCGUAUCGAUCGUCUGGUUGAAAGCAAGAAGAGAAAGAGAGAGAGAGAGAGAGAGAGAGAGAGUGAAAAAGAAGAGAAGAAAAGAAAAAAAGAAGAGAAGGGUAGCUCUCUCUUUUCAAAGAUCUCAGGAAGAGUGCGAGGUUACUUUUGAAGAGGGAAGGAGCUGAAAGAGACGCAUUAUUUUUCUCGUACGUACAACUAAGAAAGAUAGAGAACGUAAAGGGGGAAAUAUAAGAUAGGCAGAGGAAAAGAAAGAGAGAGAAAGAGAGAGAGAUAGAUAGACUCAUCAAAACAUCACUGCCUUUUCUCGUACGGCGAGAGACGAAAAGAAGAAGAAGUAAGAGGGAAAGGACAAAAGGUGGACUCGCUUAGUUGUAGAAAGGUAAAAAGGAAGGAAGGAAGGAAAAAAGAAAGAAAGAAAGAAAGAAAGAAAGAGCGUAGAGGUCACGUAAGUAAGUAAGAAAGAAAGGAGAGGACUCGUCACGGUGGCCAGCUUAGUGAGCGGUAACGUAGCGGUGCGUUACGAUGAGGCGUCGGGGGUGGUCGGUGCAGGGGGUGUCGUCCUGGCAGCGACGUCCAGGCUAGCCACGGCCGAUCCACCGACAUCCACCAUGGACACCAGCGAUUCGAGCAUGGAGACGAGCAAUGGCACCGGAACCGGGACCGGUACCGGCACCGGCACCGGCACCGGUCCCAGCACGGCCGUCGGUGCUGCUGUCCCAGGAACCGUUCCUGGGGUCAGUACGAUCGUUGCUAGUGCGGCGUCCUUGACUCUUGUCAAGGCCGAAGUGCCCGAACACCUGGCCGGUACAUCGGCGACGCCAUCGGCGGUAACUGGACCGGUUGGUACCGGAAGCGGUCUAUUUGCUGGGAUCGCAAGCAGCAACAAGACAUCCAGGCCCGACGAUUGGCUCGCUACCGGGAGUCCUGGAUCACCUCAGGCCACCCUACAAAGUCAACACGUCGUAUAUACGACUCCUCAACAACAAUUGCCCGAUCCCCAACCACCAUUAGCUCAUUCGAGCCCUCUUGCCCAUCAACAGCAACAACCGCCCGCGAGCAACAACGGUUACGCGAGCCCGAUGAGCACCAGCAGCUACGAUCCUUAUAGUCCCAACAGUAAGAUAGGUGAGUAUCCAGUCCUAAGAGCUAUAAUCAACGAGUAACUAACACUUUAAGGUAAUUAAAGAAAAAAAAAAAGCAAUCCAAUCUAAACAUAAAUAUCAAAAAAAAAAUAAAAAUAAAAAGAUAAGAAAAUUCAUAGAAAAAUUAGUCACACCGUUGGACAGUACGCGGAAUGAUUUUUUAAAUCAGAACUUUCGAAUGAAAACUAUGAGGGAUUAAAAUUGGGUGGGAGAUGGGUUGUACCCGACAAAAUCAUUCACCACGAAUCAUUCUAAUUUCAUGCUUGUACACCAUGUGAUCUUUGAAUUAUCACAUAGCUAUUUAUCUACUACAUAUCUACCUAUCUACCUAUCUACGUAGCUAAGUACACCUGUUAUUCCCGAUCUCAGCAGGUCGGCAAAUUCAAAGAUGGAAGAAGAAAGAGAGAAAGACUGAGACAGAUAGAUAGAUAGCUACAUAGAUAACUAGAUAGAUAGAUAGACAGAGAAACAGACAGAGAGACAGAUAGACAGACGGACAGACAGACAGACAGACAGACAGACAGACAGAUAGAUAGAUAGAUAGAUAGAUAGAUAGAUAGAUAGAUGGAUGGAUGGAUGGAUAGAGAAAUAAGAAAAAAAGUAGAGAAAGGGAAAGAGAGAGAGAUAGAUAGAGAAUAGAAGAGCCUUGAUGCGUGGCGGAGGCCUCGCGAUGUUCAACGAAGCUUCACUCGACUCUGUAAUCAUGUCCGGUUUCCUCGGUAUCGCUUGUAAUGCUCGGCAACGCUUUUAAAGAGACACCGGUACACGUUCGUUUACGAGACCGAGUGACACGCGAAUAAAUUGCGAUAUCUCCACCAAGAUAAACUUGUUUUAAGACGGACGGAAUAAGAUAGAAAGAGAAAGAAAAUAAUCUAACCUGGCACCUUUCGUCCAUGUAUACAUGCGUACGUUCGUGCGUGCGUACGUCCGUCUCUCUGUUUCUCCUUUAAAUUUCAAGGACGUCGAUAUAUUUCGUUCUUUUGUUAAAUCUAUUAUUAAGAAAAAUGGCGCAAGAACGACGACGAGGUGAAGAGAGAAAGAGAGAGAGGUUAAAAGAUAUAAAUAUUUUGAAAAUCAUCGAUUCCGAUCAUCUAUUGUAGAUUACGAACUGAAACAAUGUGUGUGUUUGUGUGUGUGUAUUUGUGUACGUUAUUUGUUAUAUAAUAUCAAAUAGGAUCUUCUCGAUCGAUCACAUAUUAGUAGUACCAUUAAAUAGAAACACGAUCUUUUCUAAAAGUAAACAAAUAAAAAAAUAAAAAUCGUGUUAGGUAUAUAUAUGUAAGUCACCGUUAGAGGAGGAAGCUUUUGAUCUACGUAAUUUUACUUUAUUCGAUCGGUUACUUAUUUACGUUGUUACUAACGAACUUAUUGAUCUCGAUAAUUCCUCGAUCGUGAAUCACUGCCAAUCGCAUCGAAUGAUCAUCAUGAAAGAUGUUCCUUGUUACGUUGUUAACAACACUGCGAAACGAUAUUACAGUAUUGGAACAAUCGAUUCCAUUCUUCCUUGUCCUUUUCUAACUUUUCUAAAAAUGAUUUUCUUCGAUGAUUUAACAUACACGAUCUGUAUCUAUGUAUGUGUGUGUGUGUGUAUGCGUUCGUCCUUCUCUUCUCUUUUUACUAAUACCAAUGUUAAUGUUAACGCUAAUAAUACUAAUGCUAUUUCAUACGUCUGAUUCUCUCUGAAAGAGGAAGGAAAAGUCCUUCCACGUGGAACGUAAGUACGUAAAAAGAGGUGCGGUUAGUUUUACACUAUUACCACACUACUACUCUACUGUCUACUAAUACCACUGAUACUAAGUAAUAGUCAGUCGCGAUCCGUUCAAGGUCAGGCGGUAUGUCGCCGACAAUACACGUGCGUCUUGUUCGACUCUCUUCGAACUUUUUGUCUCACGUUUAUUUCUUAUUUCUUAUUAAAAAUUUAUCUAUUCCUAAUUCGAACAGUUUUUUCGAAUUAGUCAUCGUCAUCGUCGUCGUCAUCGUCAUCGUCAUCGUCAUCAAUUCUUUUUUCUGACUGAUUAUUUAAA